AUGCCGAUGUUGCGCCUCAAAACAGCCUUCCCUCUCGUCGUCCUCUUUUCGAUAGGCUUCUUUUUCUGGGCCAUCGAACGAUUUGAUCGGGCUGCUUUUAAUCGGUUUAAGCACCCCAUCGAUCGUUCUUCGAAUUCCGGUGCCUCCCAGAUCCAACUGGGAUCUCCACCUGCUCCGGCACGGUGUGAUGCGGAUCCUGGUGCAGUGGCUCCUCUGCCCUUCGCAGAAUGGCUUCCUCGCAAGAACUACACCCGUGCUUACUUCCGCCCUCGCCACGUUGACCCAAGGACUGAAUUCAACUCAUUGGAGAAUAUCGAUGUCGACAUCCCAGUUCUUCCACCCAUGACGGUCAUGGAGCGUGGUAUGGUUGUGUCACCGGACAACAAGGGUUCCUUGGACGAGACCUGCCCCCCGAUAAUUGACGUCGAUGUGGCUGCGGACGACGAUAUUGAUGAGACGGAAAAGCUUCUGUUUGGAUUGGCGACGAGCGCCGACCGCUUGGAUCGCCUGCUUCCGUCCCUCCUAUACUCGUACGGCAACACCAAGGCUAGUAUUAUCGUGCUUGUUCCCCAGUCAGACGACGACAUUCCCAAGCAGGAGACCUACUUUCGGAACCGUGGAUUGGAUCUCACUCUGAUCCAGUCUCCCCUGGACUUCACAGCACGUUACUUCGGUUUGGUGCGAGCGUUUGCCGAGCACAUUAGAACGAAACGCCCUCAGACCACCUGGGUCAGCUUCAUCGACGACGACACCUUUUUCUUGUCCCUUCCCACCAUUGCCAAGGAACUGAAACUCUUUGAUGUGAGCAAGAAGCACUACAUUGGAGCUCUAUCGGAGGCCAGCUGGCAGGUGGACACCUUUGGCCACAUUGCCUUUGGUGGUGCCGGUGUCUUCGUCUCGAAACCGCUUCUGGACGUUCUGGACCAAUUCUACGAUGAGUGCCAGGCAUGGGGUGAGCAGCCCGGUGACCAGAAGCUCGGCCAGUGUAUCCAGAGAUUCGCCGACACCCCUCUGACUCUCUGGCCCUCGUUGUACCAGAUGGAUAUGAAGGGUGAGGUUGACGGUGUCUACGAGUCGGGUCGGAAGAUCGAGUCUCUGCACCACUGGAACAGCUGGUACACCAAGGAUGUUGUCAAGAUGACCACCGUGGCAGCUGCUGCCGGUCGCAAGUCUGUUCUUCGUCGCUGGGUGUUCGAUCAGGAGGAGUUCAUCAACAACUCUACCGGGAAAUCUACUCGAACUUUCUGGGUUUUCACGAACGGAUAUUCACUUGUCAAGUACACCUAUGAUGAAAACACUCCCGAUGACGCUAUUAACUUCGACCACGCCGAGAAGACGUGGGAAGAGGACCCUAACGGUUACGAGGCCCGUCUUGGACCCCUUCGCCUUCGGGAUCAGGCUGGCAUUCUCAAGGAUCGCUGGCUAUUACGAGAAGCGUUUGUCGUUGGCGACAACGUGCACCAGUGGUACGUACGUGAGGAAGAUGAAGGCCACAGCGUCAUUGAAAUUGUAUGGCUCGGCCCCAAGGGUGGUGGUGGUGCAGGCGUCCGGGAUUUUCAUGCUCGGCCUGUCCAAAUUCAUUAA